CCCUGACCUGGCAAAAAUAAACAAUAAAUAAAUAAACUAAUUAAAUAUUAGAAGAAAUAAAAAAACAGCACUUCGUGAGGUAUUAAGGGCUCUCAUUUUCAAGGAACGAGAGGAGGGCUGGCGAGUUGCGAGACCUCCCCUCAUUCUGUCAACUGACAUUCAUUGAUGUGCAUGAGAGAAUAGAAUAUUAUGAAGUGUUCAUCUUAUCUUUGAAGAAUAGUGAGAAUAAAUAAGAGAUUUAGGUUAAACAGGUCAGGGAUGUUCUCACUUUUUUAUGGCCUUUGGAAGUAUAUGUUUAGUAAGACAGAGUUUCAUGUACUCAUUCUUGGAAUCGACAAGGCUGGGAAAACGACUUUGUUGGAGAAGUUGAAGUCUCAAUUCUCAAGCAUUGAAGGGCUUCCACCUGAUCGAAUUGUUCCAACUGUUGGACUCAAUAUAGGACGAAUUGAAGUGUCAAAUUCAAAGCUUGUGUUCUGGGAUCUGGGAGGUCAGCCUGGUCUUCGCACAAUUUGGGAGAAAUAUUAUGAAGAGGCACAUGCUGUGGUAUACGUAAUCGAUGCUGCUUGCACUUCACGAUUUGAAGACUCAAAAUCUGCUCUAGAAAAAGUUCUUCGGCAUGAAGAUUUGCAAGGAGCGCCUCUUUUGAUAUUAGCAAACAAGCAGCGUUGUUUCAAUUGGCAGGAUCUUCCUGAUGCUGUAUCAUCUGAAGAACUUGCUCGAUAUCUAGAUCUUAAGAAGUUAGAUGAAAGGGUUUACAUGUUUGAGGCUGUUUCAGGUUAUGAUGGCAUGGGGAUCAAAGAAAGUGUAGAGUGGCUGGUAGAGGUAAUGGAAAGAAGCAAGAGAACUGAAAUGUUGAGAGCUCGGGUUGGUGCAGCCCCUGCUUCUGCAUAGAAGUAAAUAUACUAUUCUUAAUCAGGCCUAUUUUCCUCUGAUUUUUGUAGCUCUGUAAAUAAAUCAGGGUUGACAUUGAAAUUCUUUAUGUUAAAAAGUUAAUUCCUCCCACUGGAUCUCUUUUGAUUGUUUCAACUGGUGUUCAACUCAAAUAGUGUUAUUCUUACAAGAUAACUAUAAAAACUAUUGUUCACAGUCAAAGGGAAUGAAGGGGAGCUGCUCAAGCAAGCUACUAUUAAAUAUUUGUUACCUUGCAGUUGCUUGAUAUGUAACAGUUUUUAGUGGAGGAUGUUUUGUAUUCAAAUCAUAGUUAUUAAUAUUUUAUGAUACUUGAUACA